AUGCAGUUACUACCAACUUUAAAUGUUGAUGACGAGUUUUCAAAUGCAAAUAUCACUGAUGAUCAUUGCAUUCCACAAUCGAUAAAGCGUCUCAAAAUUGAAAAAUUAACUACAGCAGUAAAAGAUUCAAAUAGUGAAUCAUCAAACGCGCAUGUGAUUGCUGAUCAAUGGAUUCCAGUCAAUAAAACAUCAAUGAAUCCAGAGUCUGAAAAUAACUCGCAACGGACGAGUUUGAUUACAGAAAAUAAAGCAGAUACGUCCCUACCAUCUAAUAUACUGAACACUCCGAGAAAGAUUUACAGAUACCCUGGAGAUAUUAAAGAUGAACUUGUGGAACAAAUGAGCCCAACCACGAAAAGUAAUUGCAUUCGAUUACUCAAGUCUGCUUGCAAAGCAAAAGAUAAAACUAUACAAAAACUGAAAGUUAAUGAAUUUCGUCAUAAAAAGAAAAUAUCAAGUUUAGAAAAGCUAUACGUGAACUGCAAAAAAAAUUUGAUCUCUCCGAGAAUGCUUUUGAAAUUAUACAGGUAAAAUGGUAAAAUAUGUGAAAAUAUAAUACGAUCGUUGAAUUAUAAAUAGUCAAUAUCUUAAUUAAUUAUGAUUU